GAACAACUGAGGCUGCAGGAACAACGGAGGCUGCAGGAACAACGGAGGCUGCAGGAACAACGGAAGCUGCAGGAACAACUGAGGCCCCAGGAACAACUGAGGCUGCAGGUACAACGGAGGCUGCAGGAACAACUGAGGCACCAGGAACAACUGAGGCCCCAGGAACAACUGAGGCUGCAGGAACAACGGAGGCUGCAGGAACAACUGAGGCCUCAGGAACAACUGAGGCUGCAGGAACAACUGAGGCCCCAGGAACAACUGAGGCUGCAGGAACAACGGAGGCUGCAGGAACAACUGAGGCUGCAGGAACAACGGAGGCUGCAGGAACAACGGAGCUGCAGGAACAACUGAGGCCCCAGGAACAACUGAGGCUGUAGUAACAACUGAAGCCACAGGACCAACUGAGGUAGGAGUAGUAACAACUGAGGCCCCAGGAACAACU